UACUUCACUCUCACACAUUCUCAGGUCAGAGUAUAGACAACAAACCUCCAAAACGAUGUCCUCUAACCGCAGUAUGAUGUCCUCCGGAGGAUCCAUGCGCUACUCCAUGUCCGGUGGCGGAGGUGGCAGUAUGGGAAGCAUGCGUUCCGGCAGCGUGUAUGGUGGUGCUGGAGGGUCCGGCACCCGGAUUUCCAGCUCCUCUGCUUCUCGUUCCUACUCUUCUGGUGGAGGAUAUGGAGGGGGUGGCGGAUACGGAGGGGGUGGCGGAUACGGAGGGGGUGGCGGAUACGGAGGGGGUGCCGGAUUCGGAGGUGGCUCAGGUGAUGCCAUGGAUGUGUCUACAAAUGAAAAAGCCACCAUGCAAAAUCUCAAUGACCGCCUGGCCACCUACCUGGAGAAGGUGCGGAUCCUCGAGAAGGCCAACGCUGACCUUGAGCUGAAGAUCCGCCAGUUCUUGGAGAGCAAAACUUCCCCCGCUUCUCGUGACUACAGCGCCUAUUACGCCACUAUUGCCGAGCUCCAAAACCAAAUCCAGGAAGCGACUCGUGUGAAUGGAGGAAUCUAUCUCCACAUUGACAACGCCAAGCUGGCUGCAGAUGACUUUAGAGUCAAAUAUGAGAACGAGCUGGGCAUGAGACAGUCAGUGGAGGCAGACAUUGCUGGCUUGAGGAAAGCGCUGGAUGAGCUGACAAUGGACAGAUCCAAUCUGGAGAUGCAGAUCGAGGGACUAAAAGAAGAGCUGAUCUUCCUCAAGAAGAACCACGAGGAGGAACUUUUGGCAGCACGUGGCCAGAUGAGUGGACAGAUCAAUGUAGAGGUUGAUGCAGCACCACAGGAAGACCUCACGAAGAUCAUGGCGGAAAUCCGUGAACAUUACGAGGCCGUCGCUGCUAAGAACCGCAAAGAACUUGACGCUUGGUUCCAAGCCAAGACGGAAUCACUUAACAAAGAAGUCACUGCAAGCACAGAAGUCAUCCAAACAUCCAAAUCAGAACUCACAGAGCUUAAACGCACACUUCAGAGUCUGGAAAUCGAACUUCAAUCACAACUCAGUAUGAAAGCGUCAUUGGAAGCCACUCUGGCAGACACAAAGAACCGCUACUCCUCCAAGUUGACCAGCUACCAGAGUCAGGUGACCGCCAUGGAAGAACAGCUCAUGCAGCUUCGUGCAGAUCUGGAGCGUCAAAGUCAGGAGUACCAGAUGCUUCUGGACAUCAAGACCAGACUGGAGAUGGAGAUCGCAGAAUACAGAAGACUCCUGGACGGAGAGGCUGUUGGAAGUAGCCAGUCCUCCAGCUCAAAGUCGUCAACAACAACACGCAAAGUGAUCACCGUUGUGGAGGAGGUGGUGGACGGAAAGGUCGUCAGCUCGUCCUCCAAGGCUGUGACUGAGAAAAAGUGAGACCUGUAACAAGAAGCAACAGCACAAGAGCUCUUGAGAUAAAAACAUCAAACUCAGAGUGACCAAUAAAUUGCUCGAAAUGUG